AUGGAUUCCCAAAAUCAGCAACAACAGCAGCCGGCAGAAUAUUUCCACAUCAUAGUUAUUGGUGCAGGGCUCUCUGGUAUCAAUACAGGUUAUCGCCUACAAUCAGAGCUACCAGAAUGCGACUACACAAUACUCGAAGGGCGUCACACAAUGGGAGGGACUUGGGAUCUCUUUCGAUACCCGGGAGUUCGCUCAGAUUCCGACCUUCAUACUUUCGGUUUUUCCUGGCGCCCAUGGCUAGGAGAGAAGUCGAUUGCUGGCGGCGAACUUAUCCGAACAUAUUUGCGCGAAAGUGCUGAAACUGAAGGUAUCGACAAAAAGAUCCGCUAUCGACACAAGGUUACAAGCGCAAAUUGGUCAUCUACAGAACAGCUAUGGAACUUAAAUGUCGACACCGAAAGCCAGACAGUGAAAUAUCAAGCUCGAUUUGUUAUAUUUUGUACGGGUUACUACAAUUACAAGGAGCCGCUCACCGCCGACAUUCCGGGUCUCGAAAAUUUUAAGGGAACAUUAGUCAGGCCUCAAUUCUGGCCAGAAGAUAUGGAUUAUACGGGCAAGAAGAUCGUUAUUAUUGGAAGUGGUGCAACCGCCGUUACUCUUGUUCCAAAUUUGGCCAAGAAAGCUUCACAUGUAACAAUGCUUCAGCGUAGCCCAACCUACAUACUUGCAUCGCCUGCAAAAGAUAAGGUGUAUGCGCUUCUACGACGUCUUCUACCUGUUCGUCUUGCCGCAAGAAUUACGCGAAUUAAGUUUCUAGUAUUACCAUUUUGCUUCUUCCAGUUCUGUCGUUUCUUUCCUGGUGUCGCUAAAAACUUAAUGCGGGCAGUGUCGAAAGCUAAGCUACCGUCGAACGUUUCGGUUGAUCCUCACUUUAGCCCACGAUAUAAUCCUUGGGAGCAGCGACUCUGCUUGUCUCCCGACGGAGAUAUUUAUUCUGCACUUAGUAAUGGAACUGCAAGUGUUGUCACUGAUACUAUUAAGACUGUCACGGCCACUGGCAUUCAAACCACCGGCGGGGAGUCUUUGGAUGCUGAUAUCAUUGUCCUAGCUACUGGUCUCAAGUUGCAACUCGCCGGAGGAGCCUCUAUAAAUUUAGAUGGGAAACCUGUGGACAUAUCUUCAAAAUAUUUAUGGAGAGGCGCUAUGAUGCAAGAUAUACCUAACGCAGCAUUCAUUAUUGGCUACACGAACGCAGCUUGGACAUUAGGUGCCGAUUCUACUACGCUACUUCUUUGCCGCCUCUUCAAACAGUUUAACCUCAAAGAAACAACUGUUGUACCUCGAAUGUCUACAGCUGAAGCUGCACAAAUGAAGAGUUAUCCCAUCCUUAAUCUUAGCUCUACUUAUAUACAGAAAGCCAGCGGAAUUCUACCUAAAUCAGGCAACAAAGCGCCAUGGCUGGCAAAACAAAAUUACUUCAUGGACAGUUGGGUUGGACAAUGGAGUGAUCUCCGAAAAGGUUUGCAAGUAUUCAAGAGUAUUAAAGCAAAUUGA